AGAAGCAAAGGCCAGAUGUGCAAAAUGUCCGUCUUAUCUCUGCUGCUCGCCUCGGCUCUGCUCUCCGUGACCACGGAGCUGGGAGAAGGAGCUGGCGCCCAGGAGGAUAGAGCCGUGUGUGCGGGGAUGAGCGGGAUCCCGGGGACCCCUGGGCAGCACGGGGCCCCUGGGAGGGACGGCAGGGACGGGAAAGACGGUGUGAUGGGAACACCUGGAGCUAAGGGAGACCGCGGGGCUUCAGGUGACAAAGGCGUGCAAGGGGAGCCAGGUCUCCCGGGAAAGCUGGGCCCUCUUGGCCAAUCAGGGCCCAUGGGGCCUCCAGGAAUCCCAGGUGAGAAGGGCGAACGAGGCGGCAAAACAGAGAAUGGCGUGGGGCCCAGGUCAGCCUUCUCGGCAAAGAUUGUGCUUUCCACACCGGCAACCGGAUGCCCCAUGAAGUUUGACGUCAUCAUCACCAACCCACAGGGGCACUACAACCCCAUCACAGGAAAGUUUACUUGUGCAUCCCCCGGCACCUACUACUUCACCUUGUUUAUGCACUCAAGUGCCAGUGGCCAUCUCGUGGUUAUGAUAAUGAAAAAUGGGCAAUUGAUAUCCAAUGUAUGUGCCAGCCCAGACGAGGAAAUUGGCGGUAGCGUCGUGCUGAGCCUCGAGACGGGAGAUCAGGUAUGGCUCGAGAUGAAAGCUCCAUACACCCAUUUGCGAAAUAACGAAAACAGGGACUCGCUGUUUAGUGGCUUUCUCCUUUUCCCCGACUGA